UUUUUAAUAUGAGGGAGGGGGUUCCCAGAAAAUACCUCCUCCUGCUGUUCCUCAGCUCUAUCUCGUGAAUAUCAAACACUCGCCGUCUCCAUAUUGGAAGCAGACAUCAGAAAACAUGGAGAAGCAGUUUUUGACGAUCGCUUAAACGCACAGAUGUCGGCGUUCUCCACUAUAGCUCCAGGAGUUUAACCGCAAGCGUUCAGACAUCGCGCGGGUCAUUUAUUCAGCCUAAUUUUGGAGGUUUCGUGGUCAGCUGGCUAACGCUAUCUUAUAUUAGCAAUCCAGCCUCCAACUACUUGUUAGCCAUUCGGCGCUGUCGCAAUUUAUUUUUGUUAUGCGCAUCUGUACGGGCUGAUUGAUCAAAUGUGUGUCCGCGACGCGUAUUUUAAUGCAACAAAACGCAAAAAUUAGUGGUCGGGUGCAGUCCGUUCGCCCACGCUAGCCUGAGCGACAGCAGUCUGCUGCUGGCUGGAGAUCUGCCAUUAACUCGACUAGCUGUUAGCACAACCUGAAACACGGACACGGCCAGAACUCGCUGGAAAAAGGAGCUAACAUCUCGUUUCCAUGGACAACACGUCCAUAAUAACGCAGGUUACGAACUCCAAGGAGGAGGAGAUACUCUCGUCAAAUACUGAGAAAGUUUCGCUGUCUAACAGCAGUCUGAAGAAGAAGAGGACUCGCAGCAUCUUCAGCUCAUUGUUCUGCUGCCUGAGAAGUUACGAUGCCGAGCCCCCCACCACCCCCAAUAACAACAGCAGCCCUCUGCCCCCGCCUGUGGAGGAGAACGGAGCUCCACCAAAGUGUGGCCAGGUUGAGGUCAUCCCUAUCCCCAGUCCUCCAGAGAAGUACCUCCUCCCUGAGGUUAACAUAAAUGAUUAUGGGAAGAAGUGUGUGGUAAUAGACUUGGAUGAGACUCUGGUGCACAGCUCAUUUAAGCCCAUUAACAACGCUGAUUUCAUCGUCCCAGUGGAGAUCGACGGCACAGUGCAUCAGGUGUAUGUGCUCAAAAGACCUCACGUUGACGAGUUCCUGCAGAAAAUGGGCGAGCUGUUUGAAUGUGUGCUUUUCACAGCCAGUCUAGCCAAGUAUGCUGACCCGGUGGCUGAUCUGCUGGACCAGUGGGGUGUGUUUCGGGUGCGACUCUUCCGGGAAUCCUGCGUUUUCCACAGAGGGAACUACGUCAAAGACCUUAGUCGGCUCGGGAGAGAGCUCAGGAACGUCAUCAUCGUGGACAACUCCCCUGCUUCCUACAUUUUCCAUCCUGAAAAUGCUGUUCCCGUGCAGUCGUGGUUUGAUGACAUGAAUGACACGGAGCUCCUGGACCUGCUGCCUUUCUUUGAGGGACUGAGCAAAGAGGAGGACGUGUACGGGGUGCUGCAGAACCUGAGGGGCAGGUAGCAGUCUGAGCCGCAGUGCUCGGC